AAACUUUCUCUCCUCUUCCCGUUCGUUCAGUCCUAAUCGGAUAAUUGAUAGAUAAAUAGUCAAUAACAGAGACACAGAGAGGUCACUGUGCUCUCCUCUCCGGACACAAAGUUGCAGCAGGACUCUUGUUGAAGCGGAGAUGCUCUGAGGCGAAACUGAAGCUGAGGACCCACAUACUUUUUACCCACUGAGAGUUCGCCUCGAAAGGUAAGAGCGUCUUGAAAUGUAACAGCUGAGACUUUUAAACGGUCAUUCUUAACUUUUCCUCACACUUAAAUGUAUUUUUUUUAAACUUUUACAAAUUGAUUUAUCACGUCUUUCGUUAUAGCCUACUAUAGAACAGCAAUUCUCGGAUUGACUAUGGCACCAGUGUUUAGGAUGGUAUAACUUCUUGACAUUAAUAAGUUAUAAAGCGUUUAAGUUAAAGAGAUUUCAGGAUUAUUAUUUGAAAUGUGUAGUCUGUCCAAGUCUACAGUCUAGUCUGGACCAGUUGUUUCCAAAAGAUUUAAUUCAGUCGUACCCAACCAUGUUGACAUUUCAAUAUACUGUACUAAUUAUACAAUGGACAAACUGGAAAUUUUAGUGCUGUUUCUUCAAACUAAAAUUUUUGAUGGCCUUUGUUCUUGUGCAACAUCAACAUAUCAUCACUUUGAAUUCUGAUUUUGUGGCCCCUCCAUCACAUCUCGUUUUGCCAAAUCAGACCGAUAUUUCAGCUGCCUCCUCUUACUCAGAAAACUCUUCUAAUAAAAGGAUUUCCCUGGUUUCAGAUAUGGAUCAAAAGGCGGUGUGUGCCGGAUGCCACCGGCUGAUCUUAGACAGAUUCCUGCUCAGGGUCUCUGACGGACUCUGGCACGAGGAGUGUGUGCGGUGCGCCGCGUGCGGAGAUGCGCUUACCAACUCCUGCUUUCUGCGGGACCACAAACUUUACUGCAAGAGGGAUUAUGCUGAGUGAGUAAUGGACCCAUAUUUGACAUUUCCUUUGUUUCGUUUGACUUAAAAUUCACUCUCAAAAAGACACACUAACACAAUUUAGGUUCUAGUUUUUGUCUCAUAAGAAAAUGUAAAAGUGAUUUGACUAAUGAAGCAAAUAUAGUUUUCAGAUUAAAAAAACAUGACAUGGAGCUUUUUAUAGUUUCAUUGUCCUCUUAUCAUUAAAAGCAUAUUUUUUUUUCUUUUUAAAUCACCUCUCAGUGAAAAAAUGAUGAUGAUUGUGUAAUCCUCUAAACCAAUUAGAGCCAAACUAAUACCUCAACAUUCCAUCAUAUACAAAUCUUGCAAAAAAAAUCUUCCUAAACUUUUUUUUUACCACAAGAAAAAUCCUAAAAUAGUUAAAAAUGAUCUCUUUUGUGCAGACUACUUUUUUGUCUUAUUUUACACAUUUUAUGUUAUUUAUUUGGCCUGAAGUCAGAAGUCAUUUUGCGUUAUUAAGCCAACUUUAACAACAGAAGCCUUGUCUAGAUCUGACCUUGACAAAGAAAGUGAAGGCGAGGAGGGUUGUGUGUGUAUUAGAAAGAGAGAGAGGGGGUAACAGGGGUGAGUCAGAGUGGGGAAAAGUAAUUUAUCGUGAAAGCCCCUGUGAAAAAAAAGUCAUUUUUAAAAACUUUUUCAUCCUGUACUCAUGUAUAUAUUAUAUAGUUAAAGGUGAAAGCAUGGUGUUUUUAUGUUUGUGCUUGGAUAAUAGUCGCAUAUAUAGUGUAAGUUGACUUCAAGGGAACUUGGCACAGUGCACUCAGAGAACAAGGUGACUGUAGGAGGAAAGGGUGGUGAGGGAGCAGGAAUGUGAGAACACUAUUGGAUAGUGGACACCCACACACACACACGGAUACACACACACACACAAAGGCAUGUACACAGUUGCAAAACAACACGGUCACACCUUUACACACCAUACAGCGCACACACAAACGGCACACAACCAGGGGUAGAGCUCAACUGACACAUUGUCAAAAAGUGUUAAAAUUUGGAGGCCCAUCGGCGUGGCAACUGCAAGCUGGGGACAACAUAUGGUCUAGUCGCUGAGGCGGUCCCCCUCAAAACUCCCAGUGCAUCACCCAUGGCCGCCCACUGACUCAUUCCUCCUCCAAAAACAUGCCCUCACCUAGAGAGCCAGGACUAAAAACGCACUUCAUAAUAUUUCUGAACAAUUUAGUGAUGAUGGUUAUUGUCCAAAAUGCUCCCUGCCAGCAUUUAGAUUUUAUGAUAACAGACAGUACACUUUAGUUCACAUUCAACUGUAAAAAAAAUUGCUUAUUUGGUGUAGUAUGGUAUGGUAUUGUUUCCUGAAUUCCUGAAAAUCACACUGAAUCAUGUAAUGUAGUGUAAUAUUGCGUUUUAUCAAUUUCAAUCAAUUCAUUGUGUUUUUUAUGGUAUUGCAUUUUACUGUGUUAAAUCAAAUAAUAUCAUAUCUUACCACACUGUGUCAUAGUGUCUAUCCAGUGCUGUGGUUUGGUAUAGCACUGUAUGGUUUCAAAAUGUAUGGCACUGUAUCAAGUGGAAGGGUAAUGUGUUGUAUUUUCAAUAAGAAAAUUACCAUGUUACAGUGAGACCAACGGCAGAAAACAUACACAGACAGCACUGAUGUCGCUGGUAUGCAGAAAUAUUGGCGUGCUGAUCUUCGUGUAUGUCUUCUGUAUUUCUCCCCAAUAUUAGAGUCAUCAAAGAGACCUGGUGCAAAGCUGAGCAUCUCCAUUGUGUACAACACCUUUAGCCACCAGGCCCACACUGGAAGGUGUUUAAAUCACUCCUUUCAUAGUAAAAUGAAACCUGAGACCACAGGUUGUUUAUGUCUACCUGAUAGAAAGUGUGACAAUAUCAUACACAUUUGAGUGUGUUUUCAACAAGCAAUUACUCGAUUAAUUGUUGGCAUACAUACCGAGGCAUUGUGUUGUAUUGUACUGAAUUGUAAUGUAAAGAGCCGGGUCAAUUACUAACAUAUAUCAUACUGUACUGAGCGUAUUGUGUCCCUGUAUAUUGUAUCCUCUCAUAUCACAUCUCUUUAAGUGAUGUUUCAGGCCCAUUUGGAGUUUGGGUUAGCUUCGAUCAAAAUGUAUUUUUCAAACGUGUAUUGUUUGACCAUUAGGAGAGCUGAACAAUAGCAAAUUGAAAACCCAAGAAUUGAAAAGAAAACAAAAUAGGUAGUUUAUUAUUUAAAAAAUCAAGAGUCUGUGCUUUGUAAUUAAUCAUAGACAGAGCUAGAUAGAUGCUGAUACAUAGACAUGGCUUGUGUGUCUGUUUUGGUCUUGUACUUCCCUUGGCGAACAGUUGGCCUUGAUUCUAAUGUAGUCCAUAAAUGUUUUCAAGUAUUGUCAAAGUUUUCAGAUUCAUGUAUUGUUUCUACAUGAGAUGCCAUAACUAAUGACCAGUUUGAAUUGGUUCCUGUAAAGCACCCAAAUAAGAGUACUUAGCAUGAGAUGAUAGCGCUUGUGUAAAUCUGUGGGCUGUAUGUCUGUGGCUGCAUCACAGACAGUAGGACUGAAGGGUAAUUAGGAGAGUAAAGCCAUAUGUCAGAGGGCCUGCUGCAUCCCUACAACAGAGACUGCUGCUGCUGGUGUGAACUUAUUUUGAGGGACGGAGCGCUCCAUGAGCCCUGGCGUUAUGUGCCGUGGCAUCUGGAAAGCUCGGCUCACAGCAGCCCGCGUGUCGAGCGAUGGGACAACGCCCAGCCGACCGUGAGUUAUCUGACCUGACCAAUUAGCAGGAGGCCGGGUGCCAGAGCUCUGCCUCCAAGCUCUCCCAUCUCUACCUCCUUGCUCCAUCCUUGUGUGUGGUUAUGGCUCCUUAUUACACAUGAGCAACGCUUUUGUCUCCCAUGAGGGUUUUUAAAAACCGUGCCAGUGUUUCUCUCACUGUGUAAAAUGUGUUCAGCUCCCUCCCUUUCUUAUGAUCCGGGAAGAGUGUGAAGCUGGCUCGUAAGUGACGAUUAUACCAUACUGUGACAACAUUUGUCUCCUAACACACGCUGAAUCUCUAGUCUGGAUCUGGUCUGUUUUUGCCCUGUGCUGGCCUGGUGAUAGACCACCAGGUCUGGCAAGUUUACAGAAGCUCAAAGACAAUAACGCCAGUGGAUAAAAGACCUAAACAAAGGGGUUUAUAUUGUGCUACCUUUACCCAUAAAGAUAUGGCAGAACAAUUUAAUCAAAUACAGUCCAAACUAAUUAGUUAACAGUAUCAACAACAUACAAAAAUCACUGCAAAAUGUAUGAUCAUAUAUGGCAAUAGCAACAGAAAUAUCAGUUUCAUUAAUUAAUAACAUUUCAUUACAAAUAAUCCCAAUUUGUUUUACUGAUUGUCAUAAGUUUCUUCUACACUGAUGAAUCUAAAAUAUUUUGAACUUUCAUGAUAAUUAAUCAUGAUUGGACAGAUUUAUCCACUUUUUACAGACUCCACUAAGCUAUGAGGACUUACAUUCAUAUUUGUAUAUAAAAUUACAAUAAUAAUAAUAAUAAUAAUAAUAAGGAGCAUAUUUUAAAGUUAUUUAUGAGCUUUAUUUUGGCCAAGGUUUUCAUGACAAACAAACACAAGAGAAUGUUGUCAGAAAAGAUUGCAUUGUCUCUUUAGCUCCUAUAGGUAGCUCUGGGUGAUCUGUAGCAGACACACAACUUAUACACUCCACUGUUGUGUAAUUUAUUGAGGCAGAAUGUAAAUGUCCUGUCUGCAUUGUGACGUUUAGGUGUCGUAGAUAAUGUGCAGAUUCAGCUUGGCCGGACAGUUCAGGAGACAUGAACUGGAAAUCAGAUUGAUUGUCGGAUCAGCGGCCUGAUUGUCGGUGUGCUUGACCCACCGAUCUGUAUCUGAUACACACUCUGUGUCAGUGAGUGUGUUCAAGGAAUAAUCCAGGUUAACCUGAUACAGAAACAGGAUCUGUGCCUCUGCAUGUCCACUGGACCUGCAGUCUGUUUGCCUGACUGCUAAAGGCCAGUACUAAGGUCACAAAGGGAACAAAGAGAGGAGGGCUUCUUCUGGACUAAACGUGUUUAUUUAAGUGCAUCUACCUUCAGAGUUCCCGACUCGAGCUGUGUCCGUGUGGAGGAGUGCAAGAUUUUGCUGACUUACUUGUCCGUAAUGAUCGUGUAACUAAUUGCCAUGACUAAAUCCAGCGUGACUGAGUGUUCCCGCUCAGCUUGCAGGUCCUCCGAAUGCCAAUCACAUCGACGGAAACUCUGAAAUAUUAAACACCUUGAGCUGCUCCAUAAGUACGGGAGGUACUCUUACCUUUGCAUUAACACAGCUUUGAAAUACUCGUUUUAAUAAGACAAAUGGGAGGAGGCGCAUAAUGGAAAAGGGAUUCUCGAAACUGAAGAAUACUAAUGCCCAGGGUUUCUUCAUCACUGCCAUGUAUCAUCAGCAUCACAUUGAGGCAUUAAAUGAAGCACUUCGCUGCAUCAUAGAGAAACAUUCCGGGUAUUUCCUGCGCCACACUUCCUGUUAAGAUGUUUCUUAGAUGCAUCUUGUGUUGCCACGGGAAUGCACAUAUCACAGACGGUAUGUUGGCCAUAUUAAAGCGAAUACCACUGAAGCUAUGGACCAGACAACCCGGAUGGGUCAAGCAGCCUGUCUGACCUUCCUGAGCUGCUGGGAAGGGGCUUUAGCGUCUCCCCAGCGACCCCACGGCAACAGGGAGAGGUCUGAGCAAUGUUUGACUUCAGGAUGUUGAAGCUCCAGACUGUUUGACAGGGACAUCUCAACCUGAAUGUUAGCUCUGUGUUUGGCUUGAGUCUUUUUGUUUUGUUUUGUUUUUAAAUAUUGUGCUUUAUUUUUGGCGUGAAUUGAAAGAUUAAUUAAAAUGCUAAUUUUGUGUAACUUGGAGGCCAACUUUAAAUCCUAGAAUAAAGAUUUAGGGAAGACAAGUAUUAUUUGGGAAUAAUAUAAAAGACAAACACUUUGUUGGGCCAGAGUUUAUAAUUAAAAAUUGAAAUUCCUGACAGAAAGUAUGGGCAAAAUAAAGUUUUUCUAUCAGCAGAUAUGUUGACAAAUGUCGAAUCAACCUCUCCUCUGAUGGCAAGACUAAAAAUGAACAGCAAACAGUUGUUUAAUUAACUUUUUUUCCAUUUGUGCAUGAAUGACUAAAUUGAUCAGCAAUAAAAAAAAAAAAGUAUUUAACACUAAUCUUAAAUGUCUUUUGUUGCCGGUAAUAAGUAGAUAAAUCUGAGAUCGAUUUGCUUAUAAAUGUAAACUCUUCAUAUGAGCCAACAACACUGUUUCUAAUGUAAAGAAGAAAAUGUGGAAAAAAGCCUGUCACUUUCUCAUGCCUCUGAACUGACUGGUCUGAUGACCCAGUCAGCUCUGAGACAAACACCAGCUCCAAAAUGAUGACGCAUCAUCCUGCGUGACAGACCCAAAAUGUGGCGGUGUCAGCCAGCGGACAAUGGUCCUGCUGCUCGGGGGCUGGCUCUGUCUUUGUCCCACUCUGGUUAAGCAGACUUAGGGAUAAUUCUGCAGAUAAUUCAUGGGACCGGCGACUCAGCCUCUCCCACCGGGACUUCUGAUUCCCCCCCUCUGCCUGGAGCCAUGGCCUGCCGAGAGCUUUUCUCUGGCCUCCCCAGGAGCACAGCCUCGGACACGGCAGCUGGAGCCACGGCAACAGUCUCUGGGGCUAAGCCCACCAGUUCUGGUUGCCAGGCGCUAAGAUGCACACCCGCCAUGCUGUGGGUAUGUGUCUGCGAGGUCGAGUCAGGAGGAGGAGGAGAAGUAGAGGGGGGAAGUCAGGUUGGCAGUCCUUUUGAGUGACAGCUCAACUCAGCAACAUUCCCUGAGUCAACCAACUUUUUUUCCCCUCAUGGAGUCCUUCUUCCUGAAGAGAGAGGGGUCUUCAAGUCCUUCAGCUUUAAGCUCUGGUCAGCCAAACAAAGGCAUUACUCAAACCUAUUUACUGACUUCUCACAAUUUCUCUGUCUCCCCCUCUUACAACCCCCCUCACCCUCUUCUCCCUCCCGGCAGUCUGUUUGCAGUGCGCUGUGGGGGCUGUAUGGAGGCUAUCUCUCCCACAGAACUGGUGAUGCGUGCUGGGGCCGCUGUGUUCCACCUGCGCUGCUUCACCUGCAGCGUUUGUUACUGCCGCCUGCAGACAGGAGACCGCUGUGUCCUCAGGGAGGGACAGCUUCUAUGUUCCAGGGACGACUACCACCAGUGUGUGGCCAGCCCGGCCUCUUCAGACUCAGGUACAGACAGUGGACAGUGUGUGUUUGUGCAGGCCUGCGUGGGACGGCCUUUUUUACUUUUGUGGUCUAUGCAUAGUUUUGAUUUGAUAUAUCACUAUUUGUUGCGAUUUGUUGAUAAAUGCACAUCUUUUGCAACUUUGCAAGUCAAAUGCAUGCUGUCAUAUACAACUAUUAAGAUAAUUGCGACAGUUUUAAGGUGAAACUGGACUUGAGACUAAAAAAGUCACAAAUCUAAUCUAAAAGUCACAAGACUAAUUAUACUUUAAAACAGGUAAUACAUUUUACAGUAAUAUGAAAAAAUAGCAGCUAUGAAAUGAUAAAAAGACACAUUAGUAAUGGCUGUUCCUUGCAACUUAGUGUAAAUACAAUAUUUUGUAACUUAUAAGAAAGUGUUGAAGUGCUUUUAUUUUGAAAAUCAAUACCAAAUAGAUUCUAUACACAGAGGGGGCCAAACAAAGAAAAAACUUUAAUAAUAAUGAAAUAUUAAAAACUUUGUUUGUAUAGCACUUUUAAAAAACAGAAGUUUACAAAGUGCUUUGACAUGUAGUGAAAAGGAAAAGGACAGAUAAAAACAAAAAGCUCAGUAAAAACAGAUUUGAAGGCCAUUUUCAUGUCAUAAGGAACCCAGACAAUACAAGAAUCAUGCAACAUAAAAUGAGACCAUGAGAACCAAAAUAAAAACAUGAAAUAGUUGAGAAAAAAAGGAAAAUGCAGUUAAAAUGGGGGACGAAAGCGGAAACAGGAUAGUAAAUAUAAAAGGCAAUAUCAACAAUGAUCUUUUUCACCGAACAACUAUUUAAGACUGAUUUUCCAACAACUUUGUCUCCUUGUUUGACUUGUUUUUGUUGCUUAUGUCAUCUCCAGGUAAAAGUGAUGAUGAGGAGGAAGAGGAGGAGGAAAAAGAGUCUGGGAAGAUGACAAGCAGACAUGCCAGCUCAGAGGACUUAGAUAGCAAACGUCCCAAAAGGCCACGCACUAUUCUGACCACUCAACAAAGACGUACCUUUAAAGCCUCCUUUGAGGUCUCAUCCAAGCCCUGCCGCAAGGUAAAGACCUUAUUUUCUGUGUGAAUGUGGAAGACCUGAAGUAUCAUAGUUUAGAGGACACAAGAGGACACAAAGAUCUAAAGUUUUAGCAUUAGUCCAUAGUUUAUCCCUCCUGUAAGAAAGUUUUUUUUAUUCCUGUUCGAUGUAUUUCAUGAAUGUGUAAUUCUUUCCUCCAUGUCUGAGACCGAUUGCUGAGUAGUGCUAAUUUUCAACCUUCAAAUAACCUCUUUUUCUGAUUCUUUUUUACCCUCCCUCUUUUACCCCCCUCCCCUCUCUUCUGUAUCUUGAUCCAAGGUAAGGGAGACCUUGGCAGCAGAGACUGGUCUGAGCGUCCGGGUGGUGCAGGUCUGGUUCCAGAACCAAAGAGCCAAAGUAAUACAAAGUACACACACACAUACACACACGCACAGUCAUAUGCACUACUAAUAAAAGGUCUCUUUCUGCACCGUGUUUGUAUGCCAGCAUAGAAAUCAGCCUGGUUAUCUGUUCAUACAGGAAACUGAUGACAUCUCACUGGAGAUCACUGGAGAUUAAAGCCCAUAUUUCCUCACAAAGUGGGCUCAUGUGUGGUUUCCUUGCUCCACUGAAAGAUGUCCUUUACCUUACUGUUAAUACUUUGCAAUUGAGUGAGCACACUCUCAUGCCUGGGUGGCAGAGGAAUUGUAGAGUUUUAAAAAAAAACAAAGGUUUUUCACUCAGCCUCUACAUUAUGUGUGUUUUAAAUGUGUGUUUUAGAUGAAGAAACUGGCAAGGAGGCAGCAGCAGCAGCAAGAGCAGCAGCAGACUCAGGAGCAGCAGGAACACCCAGCACAUAACACGGGUAUCACACUGUUGGAUACUUAAAGAAAUAUAAAAAUUUGAUAUAAUUAACUGUAAUUUCCAAAAGGCAUUGAACACCCUUUUACAAGACUUUGUUGAACUGAAAGGUCAGGAUCAAAGCUCUAAAGGGGACAUGUUUUUAAAGGCUAAAAGAAGCCAUUUUUGUUCCAGGUAGUGGUUAAACAAUCUCCUGUGUGUCUCCUCUCUGUCUCCUGUGCCCCACAGUGCCCUCCCGUGGCAGUCUGACCUCUGAGAUGGAGCACCUGGGGUCCUCUUACUCCCAUAUACAGCAGCAGCAACAACAGAUGGGACUCACCACACUGGAGCAGCAGGAUUAUGACAUGGACCCCUUCAGACAGGGCCUGACCCCACCUCAGAUGCCAGGAGAUCACAUGCACCCCUACGGUAAAUUAAGACCUUCAACAAAAGUUAAACAAUAAAUUAAAUGUUCAAGAUCAUGAUCUACAAAAAUGUUUUUUUUUGCUAAUAUUGUCAAUUAAAGCUACUGUAAGAAGUUUUUGGCUGGUUUUGAAACACUGAAAUUAAUACUGAUGCCUCCAUAUGACCUACAAAACCUGCCAGCAAGACUGAUGAUUGUUAGGGUUAAUGCCUGUAAAUGGCUCAGGUUAGGAAUCUGAUAAAGUGUUUAACAGCACGUAACCAAAGCUGCUUUUGUUUAUAAAAUGAAUAAUAGUUUGUAGAUCACUUCAGAUUUUUAUUUAAACUGGUGUAAGUAUUGUAGCAUUGCAUUUUCUAGGUGGAAUGUCAUCAUGGGACACGUAAAUAGAGAAAAAAAAAUACAUAAUUAUUUUUUAAAUCAUAAUGAAACAUGAAAGUCACCAAUGUCCUAUAUCAUGUUUUUCCACCAGUAUCAACAACAAGAAUUUAAAAAAAAAUCUCUACAAAACCUGUUCAUGAUUUCUAUAAUACUGACAGAUUUACGUAUCAUUUUACUGUUAUUUGUGGAGGGAAUAUGGAUUUCAGAGAUUCUUUAUGGCUCUCCAUAUUGUGUCUUUUUUUUUCUUUAAGCAGUAUGAAGCAGUGAAUUAUUGCUGCAUUAUAAAAGAUAUUGAGUUUAUCAAGGGCAACAUUGGUGUGGUCCAUACUGACAUGCUCUGAUUUUCAGUAGAAAUCCAAAACACUAGAUCCUCUGUUGUCCAGAGUGCAGAGCAAAAACGGUAUCAAAGGUUUUUUUUUAUUUUAUUUAAACUGUUUUUUAUUGAUACAUAGGAUGAGUUCUUUAUGAACCUUUAAAAACAGGUAAUGUUGUAAUGUAAAUGUUAAGUUUUUAUAUUGAAUUAUGUUGUAAGAGCUUUAAUGUGUUUCUAAACCCAGAAUUCAAAAGAUGCUGUUGUUUUUUUCUAAUAAAGAGUGUUACCGUUGUGUCUUUUUUAGGUUUCAAGAGUCUUUACAGCGACAUAGACAGAGACCCCCUGUGUCACAUGACUGACACUGACUGUCUGUCUCUGAGUGACUCCUCUCUGCUCACCCCCAUCGACCGUCUCUACUCCAUGCAGGACUCUUACUUCACCUCCUGAGGAUGGAGGUCAGACACUGCAUCGCUCCCCGGUCCUUUCAUUUAUCUGUCUGUUCCGUGCACAAAAACUUUGACGAAGUGGUUAAAAAAAUCACUGCCAAGGAGAUACUCUGUGAAACCAUGAAACACACUGUGUGCACCAUCAUAUAGACAUGAAUACACUGCUGCCUCCAAUGCUUUACAAUCCCAUUGUACACACAGACUGUGUAUGCACGAUACUUUCUGACCUCUCUUUCUAUGUUUGAAUGUUAUGAGAUUAUAUCUGCAUCUACAAAUGUAAAAGGCUGUUUGGGUGUGUAUUUGUAUUUAUUCUCAGUAUGUGUGUAUGCUGACCAUCUUGAAUGAAUAAAAGAAGUAAUGAUA